UACACCACCAGUCAUCGCAAAGUGGUGACGGAGCGCGCGCGACACCACUAAGUUACAUCUAAGUUGCAUCUAAGUUGCAAUCAAGUUACGUUUAAGUUACAUAUUGUUAAAACUUCGAUAGUUAUACUAGGUUCCUGUAGGGAUAUGUAGCGGCAGUUGAAGAUAUAUCAAAAAUGUAAUACGGAACCAUACAAAUUGAUUAAUUUUAAAUAUUGCAACAUAUAGUGUAUGUUUGAUUACGACGGACACGAGUCGAGUUAUAAUUCAAGUUGUUUGGAAGAUUAAUUGCCUUUUUCACUAAUACAAUUAUAAUUGCCUCGAACAUUCAAAUAGAUAACCUUUUUAAUGUGCGGUCGAGAUUUUAACAACAUUUCGCAACAUAACCUCAAAGAAUGAAGAGAAAAAUUGACAAUCUAUGAAAUAAACAGUUCCAAAUUCAAAAAUUAAUCGAAUAAAAAUGGCGACCGAUAAACAAAACGAACAAAAUAAAUCAUUAAAAGAAAAAAUAACAAUAAACGUUGACAGCUCCGAUGGCGCGAAAAAUGAUAAUCAUAACCUCAAAAUGGAGGAACAGAACGGAGUUAUGGACAAAAAUUUAUUGGAAAUGCCGAAAGAUUUAUUAGGAGCUCCGAGAAGAGAGCAUAGAAGAUCGUUUAUGGAAGAAGAGAGUGCUAAAGAGAGAAGACGACUGGUUUUAUUGAAGCAAUGCUCUGCUAUACUGAAGCAAGGGGAACAGAGGUACACCAAGGAGUCGCUACAUAGAACAUUUCAAGAUGAGGAUCUGCUGGACAGAAUAUUCCGUCUAUUCGAUGUAGAUGGCAAAGACCUCCUCGAUCACGAAGAUUGGAUCGAACACCUUAAAGAAAGGCUUCCGGACGAGAGGCAGCUGGAAUUUGUGGAACAGGUGGAGAGCGUGGCGUACGCGCUGUGCGGCGACGGACCCGUCUGCUUACCUGCAUUCACACGCAUACUGCGCAACAAAGUGGUAACCAAAAAGCUCUUCCGUGUAGUAGACACUGAUGACGACGGUUACGUCUCUGCUGAGGACAUUAUGGAGUUUAUUGCCUCCGUAUCUAGCAGCAGACCACGCGUGGGCAUCGACAAGCCGAGCGUGGACCGAUUAGAGCAGUUGUUUCGUGACACUGCCGGCGACCAGAAGGAGAUCACAAGAGACCAGUUCAAGAAGAUUGUCGUCUCCAAAAAUCCGUUCUUCACGGAGCGCGUGUUCCAAAUCUUCGACGAGGAUGAUUCCGGCAGCAUCUCUCACCACGAGUUCAUCGCGGCCGUGCACCGCUUCGGCCGGCAGACUCCGGAUGAUAAAAUCAAAUUCUUGUUCAGAGUUUACGAUUUGGAUGGCGACGGUUUGAUCCAGCAUCGCGAGCUGCAGCACGUGAUGCGCGCCUGCAUGGAGGAGAACGGCAUGAGCUUCAGCGACGAGCAGCUGCUGCAGCUGACGGCCGCCAUGUUCGAGGAUGCGGACACCGAGCAUCGCGGCGCAAUCACCUACGAAGCGCUACGUGACCAGCUCAGCAAGCACGGCGGACUGCUCGAGAACUUAUCCAUUAGUAUAGAUCGUUGGUUAGUCCCGCCUCCGCCAGACCCUCAGCCGACCUCCUGGCUGCGGCGAUUGUACAGCAUGAAGCCGCACCAGCUCUCGUGGCCGUACAUAAAGAACAACCAAGUGUACCUCGGUUACCUUGCUCUGUUCUUCCUAGUCAACCUUGCUUUGUUCGCGGCGAGAUGCGUUGAGUACAGAAACGCUAAUGGAUUUGUCAUGUUCGCAAGAGCUUGUGGUCAAUGCCUAAACUUCAACUGCUCGUGGGUGCUGGUGCUGAUGCUGCGGCGCUGCAUCACGGCGCUGCGCGGGCGCGGGCUGGGCGCCGCUCUGCCGCUCGACCACCACGUCUACCUGCACAAGCUCACCGGAGUACUAAUCGUUCUCUUCAGCAUACUGCACACCAUCAUGCACUUGUGCAACUUUAGUCUGAUAGUGGUGAACGACCCGGUGUUAAACGCAAACAACUACACAGUAUGGGAGUGGGUGGGCACAACACGGCCGGGCUUGUUUGGCCUGGUUGGGGGAGUGGCGAACCCUACGGGUCUGGCGCUGGUGGUCGUGCUGGUGAUUCUUGGCACCUGCAGCCGGCCUGCUGUUAGAAGAGGGGGGAGCUUUGAGGUAUUCUACUGGACUCAUUUGUUGUACAUCCCCUUCUGGAUCCUGGUGAUAUUCCACGCGCCCAACUUCUGGAAGUGGUUCAUUCUGCCAGGCACUAUAUACAUCAUUGAACGUAUCAUGCGAUUGGCUUGGAUGAGAUCAGAGAUAGGCAAGUCGUACAUUUCCUCCGGUAUCCUGCUGCCGUCUCGUGUGACGCACUUGGUCAUCCGUCGGCCGCCAUUAUUCGACUUCCAUGCUGGUGACUACGUGUUCGUGAACGUGCCCGCCAUCGCGCGCUACGAGUGGCAUCCAUUUACCAUCAGCAGUGCACCGGAACAAGCUGACCACGUGUGGCUGCACGUGCGCGGCGUGGGCCAGUGGACCAACCGGCUGCAUGAGUACUUCGAGCGCGAGCACCGCCGUUUGCACGCCGACGAUGCGACCGACGCGACAGACGCGGCCCCACACGAUACGCAUUGUAAAGUGAGUCGCACAAUGUCGGGGCAGAGCGCCCGGAGCGGCCGGAGCGCACGGCGGGGCUCCGCGGGAGGGCGCUCCGGUCGUAGCAAGCUCUCUGUCGAUUUCUCACCCAACUCGUACACUAACGACGCUUUCUGUAUCGACGAGGAGCCAGAAGAAACUCAUAAAGAUGCGGCCGCAAUGGCGCUACCGUCGCGCGCGGUGGCGCUGCUGUCGCCGCUGCGGCUGCUGGAGAAGUCGCGCUCCAUGCCUGACAUGCAGAGCGUCGCUAGACAUGGUGGUCGCGAUUACACGCGCUCGGAGUCCGAGCUAGGUCUGUCAUGCGGGGAGGUGCGGCGCGCGCGGCUCGCCUCGCUGGCGCGCUCGCCGCGACACCGCGCGUUGGCGCAUAGCUUCCGCUACAUGCGUACAAAGCCGCCCAUCGUCGCGCUGCACACGCCCAGCGUCGACAACGAGAGGAGACGAUCUAACGAUAGCAUUCUCACUAUUGCAAGAAGACGUCUAUCUAAGAGUCUAUCCCCUGAUAAAGAUACGGAAGCACAAAAUGAUACGAAAGUGAACACAGCUCCCGACCCUGACAUUGCUAACAAUGUUACCGAUGACGAUUAUCCUGUUGGAAAACCGUUAGAGAUUUACCUGGAAGGUCCGUACGGCGCGGCGUCAUCGCACAUCUUCCGCGCGGAGCACGCGGUACUGAUAGCGGCGGGAAUCGGCGUCACGCCCUUCGCCUCCAUCCUGCAGAGCAUCAUGCUGCGCCACCGCGCCGCGCGCGCCCUCUGCCCGCGCUGCGGACACACCUGGCACAACGACGUGCCACACUCCAACAUGACGCUCAAGAAGGUUGAUUUCUUCUGGAUCAACCGUGAGCAGCGAUCGUUCGAGUGGUUCGUGUGGCUGCUGUCCCAGCUGGAGAUGGAGCAGGCGGAGAGCGCGGGCGAGGGGGAGGAGGGGCAGCGUCUCCUGGACAUGCACCUCUACAUCACCAGCGCGCUGCAGCGACACGACAUGCGCGCGGUCGGGCUGCAGUUAGCUCUUGAUCUGCUCCACGAAAAGGAAAAGCGUGAUUUGAUCACUGGCUUGAAGAGUAGAACCAGUGCUGGCAGACCCAACUGGGAUAAGGUAUUCCAAAGGUUGAACGAGCGGCGUGCGGGCAAAGUCACAGUGUUCUACUGCGGGCCGCCGCGGCUGGCGCGCACGCUUCGCCUUAAGUGUGAUCAGUUCGGAUUUCACUUCCGUAAGGAGGUGUUUUAGGUUUGGUAAGAACAGUCUUCACCUUAAUUGCUAGCGCAUAUUUCGCGUGUUCUAGAACCUUCUACUUUUUGAUAGACCAAUUAUGAAAGAGAAUCUUUUACUUCUGUAUAAAUAACAUAUUUUUUAAAGUGUAUAUGUUGAUACAAGUAGUGGUAAUUGUUGGUAGUUUUUUUUUUGUUAAUGUUGCCAUUUUGAAAUAUAUUGUUUGAACAUUUCGUAUGAUAUAAAAAUUUCCCUUUUGCUUCUGUAAUUACGGUAAAAAUAUUGUACAAUUUAAUUUUGUAAUUGAAAAUUAAUUGUUACAAUUGCUCCUGUGGUCUCUUGCAAAUGUUUUGAUGUGUUAAUUGUUAGUGUUGAUUUUAUAUUUUAGAUCAAUUGUUGUUUUGUAUAAAUGUUUAUUUCGUUACUUUAAUUAUCUUUAUGUAAAGAUUGGAAACUUAGUUAAGUUUGAUUAUUAGCCUAAUAAGGAAACUAAACAAUAAACUCUUGAUUUUAAGAAAAUUCAUUUGACUUAAUUCUUUCUGUUGAUUUUUCUUUUUAAUUAUGACAUUUAUUGAAUUGAUAUAUCCUUUUUUUUACUUUUUUUUACUUGUGUAAUUUUCGUAAAAUGAAGAAGUAAUUUGUAGUAUGCAACGCGCAUACAAUAACAUGCAAACUAAAUGAAGCGGCGCCAAUUAUGUCAUUCCAUACAAACAAUGCUUUUUACUUUGUGUCUCAAGUUUACUUAAUAAAGUAAACUUUAUGUACACUGUAAGCUGCGAUAUCACUUGUCUCAUGUUAUUGUGCACGGCUAGUAUUGAAUUUCGAUUAUUAUAAUCGUCAAAUUCUUCAAUUUGGAAAUAAAUAUCUUUUCAUUAUUGUUAACAAUUUUUUUCUUUAGCGCCAAAUUCCUGGAAGUGACGUUUUUAUUUCACGUGCUUGCUUUUUGUCUAGUUCAAUUAUUCCUUUCUACUAUCUGUUUUCUAUUCUGACGAAUUAAAUUUUAUUUUGUUUAAAAAAUGACUUAAUCCAACGAUAAAUUUUA